AGUAUGUGCACAAGUAGUUUGAGUUAAAGGCUUUCUCUAUUGUCCUGGGAUGAUGCCGCCUAAUUCUCGGCAAUGUCGCUCUACGACGCCCGAGAAUUGAAGCCGUGGGCAUAAGCAACGCUCUCUUUCUAUCUCUUAACUUUCUCUCUCAUCCCACGCUUCGAUCGAACACAAAUCCUCAUUUCCAUUCCAACACACUGAAUUCUAUGUUUUGAUCAAUUUUCCGAAAGGAUUGGAAUUAUUUGCACGUCAAAUGAGAGCUGAUCAGCUCCAGAACAUACGCACAACAGAGGACGACUGAUGAGUGAAGACAGAUGCGAAGAAAUAGGAUCUAUACAUUGAGAUAAAGGACAAGUGAUCAUCUGGUUAUAGCUUCGAUUUUGACCAUUUCUCAACACUUCACGGGGAAAGAUCUUGUGCGCAAUCAAGGAUUUGUUGUUCUGUUCAUAUGCGGAAGAGGUUGUUUACUUAAGGAUAUUUGUUCUUUUGUGUAUGCUGGUAAAAUAUUUGAUUUGUUCGGGAGUUGUAGUUGUUGACAUGUAAUGGCUCUUUGGUUAUAGAGUCUGGUUGUAAUUAAGGAAAAGGGAAAAAAGGAUCACAGGAAUUAUCUAGAUUGGUUUUCUUGAAAAAUUAGUUGAAGAACACACAAGAUUUAUCAGAGUAGUUGUUGAAUUCAAGUUUCUGUUGUUAUUGCAACGGUAGUUGGAAGUUUGAAGAAAAUACUGUCUAGAUAGUCGGAGGAAUAUUUGAGUUUGAAUUUGUGUUACCAAGAGAAGUACAGAGACAGUUAACUUAUAUUUGAGUAGUUUUCUCACUCUUGCACAAUUUUGUUCAAACUUGAGGGAUGGAGAGGAGAUAGAGGGUCACAACCAUGAAGACAUUGUUCUUAUGCAAUCAAAUAGAGGCAUGGACUUAGCUGAUAUGUUGACCAUUAAGGCACCUGGCCCUUCUGGUCAACAGUUCCAGCGAGAAUCAAUGUCUUCUAUUUUGGAGGAUGGCGUUGCAGCAGGAAAAUCUGUAAAUAAAAAUAUAUCUGUACAGACAGGUGAGGAAUUCUCCCGCAGAGUUUCAACAGGACCAUGCUGCUACAGGAAGAGUUCCCUUUGUGCCUAUGUCUCUGAACCAUGAGAAGAAAAUUGGAUUAAAUAGUAAUCAGAACCAUCAGAUUAGAUAUGAGGGUCUUACAAGAAUUCUUGGGUUGAAUAGGAUGGAUUCUGAGUGUGGUUCUGACAUAACUGAGUUUGCUUCUGCACGAGGGUCUUCUGAGGAGAUUGAGAAUGGGGCUCAUAUUAAUAAAGAAUGUGAAUGUGGUAAGGAAGAUGGUCCUUGUGGGGAUGAACUAUGGAAAGCUUUUGGUGAAAUGAAGUGUGAUCAGGCUGCCAUGGAAGCAGGUUCUCUGCACAUAGAACAAUCUGAAUCCUCUCUGUGCCGCCAACCUAUUGGAUUAGGACUUUCAGAUGGUUCUCAAUCUGUCAAGAUAAAAUUUCUCUGCAGUUUUGGUGGUAAAAUCUUGCCUCGACCAAGUGAUGGGAAGCUCAGAUAUGUUGGGGGAGACACUCGAAUAAUUUCUGUCCAGAAGAAUCUUUCAUGGGAAGAACUCAUGAGAAAGGCUUCAGGAAUAUGCAGGCAGCCACACACAAUCAAGUACCAGCUUCCAGGAGAGGAUCUUGAUGCACUUAUAUCUGUGUCUUCCCAUGAGGAUCUUCAGAAUAUGAUAGAGGAAUACCAUGGGCUCGAAAAGCUUGGGGGCUCUCAACGACUCAGGAUUUUUUUGAUUCCAAUGAAUGAAUCAGAAAAUACAUGUAACAUUGAUGCUAGCACCAUUCAGCAGAGCAAUCCUGGUUACAAUUAUGUUGUUGCUGUGAAUAGCAUUGUUGAUCCUAGUCCCCAUAAAAACUAUGAUGAUCAAUGUUUGGCAAGUGAAGUAAGUCACUUGAAAAUGAAUUUGACUCAUAAUCCAAGCUUCCACACAAAUUCUCCUUCUUCUCUGCUACCCUUAGAAAUCAGGGAUGGCUGUGGUGUCUCACAUCCUACUUGGUUUAUGAAUGAAUCCCAAAGUUUGAUCAUGUCUCCGACUCAUUCUCCUCCUCCUCCAGUGCUGGCUUAUCAAGAAUCUGUGAAUAGUGGUCACACCCAAUUAUGUAAGGAAAAUACAUUCUGUGGCUGUAAUGACAGCACCAGCUUGUUCAGCACUGCUCCAUUGCCCCCUGAAAUCUCUAACAGCGAUAUUACUGGAUAUGGUUGUCCCUCGUUUGAGGCACUGACGAAUAAGAUGUCCUUUCCUCAUGAACAAGAUGAUAUGAGCCAGCCAACCAAAUCAAGUGUAGUGCAUUCUCACAACCACAAUCCCAGUAGAGAUUUUGUGGCUUCUCCCAUAUUUGAUCGAAUUGAUAGCAAUUCUGAUAAAUGCUCUUUUGAGAGGCCAUUGCUCAAGGAGAGGACAAAUUAUUCCGUAAAUCCUAUCUCACAUCUUGAUAAUCCAGUGAGUCCAUGGUCGGUUUCCAACGAGUCCAUUGGUUCUCGUUGUGGGAUGCCACAUGCAUUUUCUGAUUCACAGCUACAGGAACAAGGAAGGAGGUCUGCAUUUUCUGAUUCACAUAAGCAGGAACAAGGAGGGAGAUCUGCGUACUGCUCACAAGAAGGAAUGAGCCCAUCUUCGCCCUUAAACUUUGCAGCACCACCGCUAUCCUCACUGGUGGUCUCGGCAGCUUUGCAGGAAAAGCCAGUUCAACUGCACGAAAACAUUGAUGUUGUCAAUCCUCAAUUCCAGAUUAAGUUGCUAAAUGGAGAGCCAACUUUCUCUCCCAGUAGGGCAGAUCUGCUGAACUUUCCUUUAGCAUCAGAAUCAUUGAGCAAAGUUGAACUUACUCCAGGGCAGAAUAAGGAUAGUCACAAUGGAAAAAACCAUUAUUAUGGUGAAAUGAUGAAUGACUUUGAUGCAAAGGACCCUCUUUUGCGACAGGGUGGGAAGCUUUGUGAUAGUAGGUCAGCUAAUACAACUACGGAAGAUAUGAACAAAUCACCAAACCUAAGGCGUGACCCAAUUUGUUUUCUUGGAGUUGACACUCCAACACAAGAUUGGCAAGCUUCUUGUCAUAUGGUUCCCACAUCAUCGGCAAUGCACUUAAAUCCUUUUGCAGAUACAUUGAUGGAGCAAUUCCAAGAAAUUCAAAAGGAGAAAGGCCCAGCGAAGUAUAUUGUCAAAGUACAAAAAACUGUGAAUGAUCAGCAGCAUGUUUUGACAGGAAUGAUGGGUGGCGAACAGAGGAGUGACAUCUCAUGGGCCAAGAACACAAAAGUGGCAGUGACGAUUCAAAGUUCCAAACAACAUACUUAUCAUGACAGUUCUGAAUUAUCUGAUUGCCUAGUUUCUCAUGUGUCUCCUCCUCAAGUACCUGUUGCAUAUGAGACGGAUAUGAGUCUCCAAGAACCCAUGCUGAUGAUUUCCGAGGAAUUGCACCGUGAUGCAGUUCAUAAUGAAGCUGGCCAGCACAUGAACUUGCAUAAAACUACUUUGGCACCGAUUCCACCAAAAGAUGGCUGUUUUAGGUGGGAAAUUUCUCUCCUUGAUGAUGACUUUGUCAAUUACUCUGAUCAAAAAGUUGAAAAGUCAAGCAUUGGAGGAUGCUCUACUGAGGAGCAAAAGUUAAAAGAUAUUCCCAUACGUAAACAUAAUGAGCAAAAUCCGCAAAAUUUUGUGGGAUAUGUAGAAGAUCUGAAUAAUAACAUAUCUCCAGGCAUAAAAUCUUCCAUUGCAACUGUCCCACACAUAGUUCAUGCAAUCGGGAGCAAUAACAAAUCCCUUACUGCAAUGGAAGCUGGUAGGAUCAUCUUAGAGUCUGAUUCUGAGGAUGCCAAAGCUGAUGAUGCAGGUGAGGAUGAAUUCAUUAGUGAUGCUAUGAUGGCUGAAUUGGAAGCUGAUAUAUAUGGUUUGCAGAUCAUAAAGAAUGCUGAUCUUGAAGAAAUGUGUGAGUUAGGAUCUGGCACGUAUGGAACUGUUUAUCAUGGGAAAUGGCGAGGAACAGAUGUUGCUAUUAAGAGAAUAAAAAAGAGUUGCUUUGCUGGGAGACCAUCUGAGCAAGAACGGUUGACCAAAGACUUCUGGAGAGAAGCACAGAUCCUUUCACAUCUUCACCAUCCAAAUGUGGUUGCAUUUUAUGGAGUGGUACCAGAUGGAGCUGGGGGGACCUUGGCAACUGUAACUGAAUUCAUGACAAAUGGAUCACUUAGGCACGUUCUCCUUAAAAAGGAUAGAUCACUCGACCGUCAUCGAAAGCUGAUAAUUGCCAUGGAUGCCGCUUUUGGCAUGGAAUAUUUGCAUUCAAAAAAUAUUGUCCACUUUGACCUGAAAUGUGAUAAUUUGCUUGUCAGCCUGAGGGAUCCGCAGCGUCCCAUAUGCAAGGUGGGUGACUUUGGACUAUCAAGAAUUAAACACAAUACUCUAGUAUCUGGUGGUGUGCGAGGAACUCUACCGUGGAUGGCACCAGAAUUGUUGAAUGGUAACAGCAGCCGGGUGUCAGAGAAGGUUGAUGUCUUCUCUUUUGGCAUUGCAAUGUGGGAGAUCCUGACUGGGGAAGAACCUUAUGCAAAUAUGCAUUGUGGGGCUAUCAUAGGUGGGAUUGUGAAGAAUACUCUUCGGCCUCCAAUUCCAGAACGGUGUGAUACGGAGUGGAGAAAGCUGAUGGAACAGUGCUGGUCAUCCGAUCCUGAAGCUCGGCCAUCAUUUACCGAAAUUACAAAAAGGUUGCAAUCUAUGUCUGCGGGACAUUGUAAUCUGGUGAGACAGAUGAAGCAUAACAUAACCGUGUAAGUCCAAAGAACAAAUAUGCACCUGCUUCGUUCUUCAGGGGCCAAGAUAUUCAGGAACCCUACAAUAGAAGCUAGGGUGGAGAAAUUUUGGAAAACUCUUGUACGUUUCUGCUUGUGUUGAAGGUAUGAUGUUUAUGUGUUUCCGUCAGUUUUGUUUAGUUAUGUUUUUAUCUAUUUUUCCAUUCGUUCAUUCUUUUUGAGAUGGAAAUGCUUGCGGAUCAUGGUACAAAUUUGUCAAGUGUAGCUUUAUUGUUCUAAAAAACCAGUGUAAAUAUGGACACAACCAAAAGAAACAGUUUUUCUUGCGUUACUGAUUAUCAUUUGAGCUUUCUGUGACCGUUUUAGAAACAGCAAUUUUAUAUUUAUAUAUGCAACAGAUAUAGG